AUGCACGUCUACCUACAGGAUGCGCCGCGCGUGAUCGCUCUCGUCUCGGAUGACAUCGAAACGUCCCACACUGCGCAAUUCCCGGAAAAGCCCCCUUCGGCAACCGCCAUUCUCGUCUCGACCCAAGCCACACAAACAGCAGCAGCAUCUGACAAGACCGCCGCCCUUGCGGGUUCUACCGCAGCUAAUGCGCCUUCAGCUGCCAAGGCCGUCGUGGAGGUAGUCAAAGAGCACGAGAUCGAUGGUCUGGCACUACAGAGACUCACCACCAAGUCAAUACACGGAUGUCUCGGCCUCAUCAAUGUCGGCCAGGAUCUCUUCGUGGCUGUCGUCACAGCAGCCCAAGAGGUGGGUGCGAUCAGACCAGGUGAGACCGUCAUGCGCAUCACGGGUGUAUCGUUCUUCUGCGUCAAUCGCUCUACUUGGGACGAUAUGCUCAUCUCGGAUGCUCCAGGGUCGCAACCAGAAACAUACGACUCGUACGGCCCAGGCCACGAAGGCGCUGUUACCCAGCCCAGCGUAUACGAGCACCCGUGCACUAGCCUCAAAAAGCUGUUGAGCACAGGCACCUUCUAUUUUGCACAAGGCGGUACCUUCGAUCUUUCCACACGACUCGACAAGCGUCUCGCGGCUGCCACACGCUUACAAGAGCAUGACAUCUCGCAGUACGACGGUCGCUUUGUGUGGAACAACUACAUGAUCGAGCCGCUGAUCAGCUUUCGCGACCGUCUCGAACGAGCAGAUCGCAUCAGGAUCGACCAAGGCUGCUUCCUGCUGUUAGCGAUUCAAGGCUUCGUGGGCGCAUUUGCAGUGCCACUUUCUUCGACGGGGGCCGCGACUAUAUCUGCUGGCGCAGCCUCAUUGACAACAGACCCAGUCAGCACAGGCACUCUUGCUUUGAUAAGUCGUCUCAGCUGGAAGAGGGCAGGCACGCGCUUCAACACGCGUGGAGUCGACGAUGAUGGAAACGUUGCCAACUUUGUCGAAACUGAGACCCUUUUCAGCGAUGGAAACGUCACUUUCACUUACGUCCAAGUCCGUGGCUCCGUCCCUCUAUUCUGGGAGCAACAGGGUCUGCAGGCCUUCAACGCCAAGAUUCAGAUCACCCGCUCGCGCGGUGCCUCACAGCCAGCGUUCGAUCGUCACUUUGCCGACCUCAUCUCGCACUACUCUCGUGUCCAUGCGAUCAAUCUGCUCGGCACGCGCGACGCAGAGACCGUCCUCACUUCGGCGUAUGCAGAACACAUGCGACACAGCACAGCCGAAAACAUCGCCGUUCCUCCCACUGACGAGUCUACCUCUUCACGAGGUGACUUUGUCGCAGAUGACGGCUCCGAGCGCAUCGGCUUGACCAACUUCGACUUCCAUACCGUUUCGCGCAACACCGGUGGCAUCGACGGCGUCCGCAGCGAGCUUCGCUACCUCGGUCCUGUGCAGCUCAAGCGAAAGGCAUUUGGCUACUCGCUCAUCGACACCGCCACUGGCCAAGUGCUUCGGCGCCAGAAAGGUAUCUUUCGAAUCAACUGCCUUGACUGCCUCGACCGAACCAACGUCGUCGAAGACAUGCUCUCGCGCUCCAUGCUCGACACGUUCUUCGACGCCGCUGCCAAUCGCGACCCAGCUUAUCAGGCGUUCCAGGACCCCAAUCAUCCGCUCUGGGUUUCGCAUCGCGUGCUGUGGGCCGAAAACGGCGACGCACUCUCCAAGAUCUAUGCCGGAACCGGAGCGCUCAACUCGAGUUUCACCCGAAGCGGCAAGAAGACGCUCGGCGGUCUGCUCAGCGACGCAGCAAAGAGUGCAGGCCGCAUGUACAUCAACAAUUUCCAGGACAAGAGCAAGCAAAAUGUCAUCGAUGCGCUGCUCGGCAACAUGGCUAAUCAGAAGCCCGUCACGGUUUUUGAUCCCGUGCUCGACAGUGUCACAGCAGAACUCAAUUCUCGUGUCGACGAGUACUCGUCCAGCCGUGAUAUUUCCAUCUUUGCGGGCACGUACAACCUCAACGGCAAAGCACCGGGCGAGUCGCUCAUCCCUUGGCUGUUCCCUGAUGGCGAGGACCAGGAGUCUGACAUCUUUGUCAUUGCCUUUCAAGAGAUCGUACAGCUGACGCCGCAGCAGAUCCUCAUGACCGAUCCGGACAAGAUCCGCAUCUGGGAGGCCAAGAUCAUGGAGACGAUCGCGCGAAGACGAAGCGCCCGCUCCCGCUACAUUCUGCUCCGAAGCGAACAGCUCGUCGGAACCGCGCUCGUGAUUCUGAUCAAGCAGGAGCUAGUCAACGAUGUGCGGCUCGUAGAAGCGGCCACGCGCAAAACGGGUCUCAAGGGCAUGAGCGGCAACAAGGGUGGUGUCGCGAUCCGCAUGGACUACUACGAUACUUCGAUCUGCUUUGUCACAGCUCACUUUGCCGCAGGACAUUCCGCGUGGGAAGAAAGGAACGCCGACUACUGGACCAUCACCAGAGGUCUGUCGUUUGCUCGAGGCAAGACGAUUAGCCAUCACGAUCACGUCAUCUGGCUCGGCGACUUUAACUACCGCAUCGACUUGACCAACGAUGCUGUACGCUCCAUGGCAGCACGUCAAGACCUCGCUGGACUUUAUGCGCGAGACCAGCUGCGUCGCAGCAAAGAUGCAGGCGAAGUGUUCCCGGGCUACGAAGAAGGGCCCAUCACGUUCGCGCCUACGUACAAGUACGACAAUGGCUCGGAUCAGUACGAUUCAUCCGAGAAGCAGCGCAUCCCGGCGUGGACCGAUCGCAUCCUGUAUCGCGGACUGGGGCUGCGGCAGCUGAGCUACUCUCGCGCCGAGCUGAGGACAAGUGACCAUCGGCCCGUGUAUGCCGCCUUUGUCGGACCGGUGCGCAUUGUAGACCAACCCAAGCGGGAAGCGAUACGGAAAGAGUUGCUGCAGGAGAAGAAAGUGACCAACGGGCUCGCUGGCGGCGGAGGCGACGUGUCAGACUCAGGCUCGGAUGACGAGAGUCUGCCGGAUCCUUCGGAUGCACACCAGCAGUGGUGGAACCAGGAGCAGUCCGGAGAAGAAGACUCGUCGAGCAGCGAGGGUGGCGGCGAGGAGGUGUCGAGGUCUUCAAAUCCUUUCCGCAGACGCGAUGCAGAAGGUCGAGAGUCGAGGCAGAUGUCUCCCUCCCCCGCUAGCAAGGCACGAGCUAAGAGUCUGCUGCUCGGUAACAAGGGAGAUGGGGACGGCGCUGCAGUGCGGGUCAAGUCGAUGCCUGCGUCUCCAACCAUUGCGUCAGUAGUCACCGACGAUGCUUCGACUCAAGCGGGCCAUUAUUUGCGCAAGACGAUAUCGACAUCGCCGACAAUCGACAGAAGGAUCGCUUCGGGCCCGGCGGCGCUGGCGUCCAACGGAAGAUCCGGUCCGCCUCCCAUCCCGACCAAGCCCUCGGCGGUGGCGAACAGCACGAGUGGUAGCAUCGCGACCUCUACGGCACCUCCACCACCGGACUUGCCGAAGAGACCUGGUAUGAGUUCGCGAUCCGGCUCCUAUUCGUCUACCAAGUCGAAGAAGAGUCUCUUGGAAGAUAGCGACUGA